UGUAUCAGGGGUCAAUGCGACGUGUUGUUGAUGGUUAUUUAAAAGGUUGAAUUUUCUGUUUUUAUUUUAAACUUGAAAACCAACACUUGUGAAUCUUAGUUAGACUUUACCAUGUGUGGUGGAGAGCACUUUACAUGAAACACUAGAGAGUUGUAGUAAAUUGAUACAAGAGAAUUUUUUUAACUGUGGUUUAAAUUUAAACGAAUAAAAAUGGUUUAACUAACGUGAUAUUUCUUUAUUAUUUUCGAUUUUUAUUUACAUCCACUCUUCUAAUAUAUAUUUACUUAACUUAGUCACAAAAAAAAAAAAAAAUAGAAUACAAGAAACAAGAUUAUGUUGAGCGACUCGCAACUUAACAUACAAACAGAUGAUUUUGAAGAUGAUUCAAGCAAAUAUAACUUUGAUUAUUAUGCUCUUUCAAAGCUAAAGAAACAAGAGCACUGGAAAGUGGGGAUUCUUUCCGGCAUAAUAGCUGUGCUUACUGCUCUUGUAAUUGUGUUUAUCACUCUGUACGUACAAAGUCUUUCGUCCGUACAGAGUGAUAAACACAAAAACUCAGCGUCGUAUGAACUUUUCAAACUAAGAGCGUAUAAAGAGCUGGCGAAGUAUGGUGAAAACUGUAGUAUUCGCUAUCAGUGUCAUACACACGCUUACUGCAAAAAUUUGCAAGGAACCUACAGAUGCGUGUGUAUGAGAGGUUAUCUUGGUGACGGAAUUGGAGAUUGUCAAGAUAUUGACUUUUCAAUCGAUUUCCAUGAAGCAGGAGCAACCAACAUACCAACUAUAAGCGACUUAGGACACGGCUCUGUCCAUGGUGCUGCAGUUUGUUUCUGGUUCACUUUGACCUCUGCUGCAAAGAAAUGGGACAGCGAAAAUAAAACCAUUUUAAAUUAUAUAACACACAAAAUGGAUCUGGUGAUUCAAAUUACACGAAACCAUAAGAUUGUAGCUUUUACCAGGAAUGGAAAUAUAUACCUCCGUGUAGAAGUCAAUGUUAAAUUUCCCGUGCACAAAUGGAUGCAUGUCUGUUGGACGUGGAGUGAUGGAAUAAGUUGGAAUUUUUUUAUUAAUGGAAAGCUUGCACACUCUUCCUUGCUUAAUCAAACUGUAAACCUUAAACCAGGCAAAGGGUAUUUAUUUUUAGGGCAAGAUAUGAGGCGCGUAAAUAACAAAUAUGUGAUUAACAAGCCAGAAAACUUAUUUCAAGGUCGAAUCACUGGCUUGUUUGUUUACCAAAGACCAAUAUUGGGCUACGAAAUUAUGGCUGCUUUCGAAAACAACCCCCCUGUGAAUGGCUUGUUAGUUGGCUGGUGGCAAUUUAAAAGGUUAGCUAAAGGUGGUAAAAUUAGAGAAGCAGCUUUUCCAUUUGAUAUCAACCUUUACUCAGCAUUCUCUUUGCGUUAAGUAAACACAGUCGAGAAAACAAUGGCUUCUGCAGACGCCCAAAGUAACAACAUUAACCAUGUUUGAAAAACAAAAGUCCUUUUUGUAUUUUAAAAGUCCUCUUUUUGUAUACACGUUUCUUUUAUACUUUCAAAUAUAAAUAAUUUUUACUUUGCA